UUUACCGCUAGUUCCCACUACUUUGUAUAUAUCUUAUCCUCGCGUUACCGAUCCACCCGGCCAACAGACGUUCCAGAAAGACAAACUAAUCAACCAAUUAACAACCACACGAAGGCAAUAACAAGUUACUUUGGUCUUCAACAUGAGCUUGAUGAAUAAGCAUAUAUUUUUGUUGGCAAUCGCCAUCUUCAUACAAACUCUCUAURCUUGUGAARUGUACCGCUUUGCUGCCGUYGACGGACGAGCACUCACAAGUCACGUGAUGAAAACUAUUACCCACCAUCUUGUCAACCUCUGCUGGAGUGACUGUGUUUGGUUGCCAUGGUGUUUUUCAAUAAACGUUAAAAAGACAAGUGAAGGGAUGUUUGAGUGUGAACUGAAUAAUUCAAGUGUAAAAGCAUAYCCAGAAAGAUUGGUGUCCAGACAUGGAUGGUCCUACCACGAAAUGAAGAACCUCAGUCCUAUCAACUGCAAAGUCUAUGAUUGCAAAAGGAAAGAAGAUUUAGGAAAUGGCUGGCUUCGUUAUGGAGAUGCUGCUAUCAAACUCUUUAAAGAGAAAAAAACCUGGACCGAUGCGCGUAACCAUUGUCAGUCAUUAGGUGGUGAUCUUCUCUCUAUUACCAGCUCACAYGAGAAUGACUUUGUAAAUGAUGUYUUUGUGGAGAGCCUGAAUKUGACGUACAUGCAGRAAGAUAAAAAGUUUACCAAGCCACACAUACAUUUGAAGCUCAACGGAGAUGAKCCCAAAGAGAUAUUCGAAAAAGGAAAUGAAGUUAACUACACGAACGAUGGAAGAGAGAAAGCUCUUUAUCUAGAUGGACAAAUGGGUCGUCAUGUUGGAAUACCAUCCAUAAAUUUAAAUCCACAUGGCUUCRYCAUACUUUUUUGGUUAAAACCACUGGAACCUCUUGAGUCGGCGAUGGUCUUUAGAUUUAUCAAAGAUAAUGAAAUCAUAUUAAAAUUUAAAUUUGGAAAAUUUGGAAAUUACAUAAACUUUAAUUACAAAAAAGAAUAUCUUGGGGGAGUUAGAUUCGAUUCAAACGCUUGGCAGUAUUUUCAUUUUUCUCGGAAUAAAAACGGAACAAUGAUCCUCUUUGGCAAGAAUGGCUUCUGGACGAUUCGUGAUCAAAAUUCAGUCACUUCAUUGGAGACAAGUAACAUACUCUUUCGGUUUGGACAUUGGACACACGGAUUUCAUGGCUUCUACAAACAUUUGGUCAUUGUGAACACCACCAUUUCCAGACACAACAUGCAAACUAUUAUGUAUUGGCAUGAGCAAGGAGUAUGGAUUGGUCUCAACAACCCAGAAGGCAGUGAUGGCUUUAGCUGGUCUGAUGGUACCCCUGWGGGGCAGUUUAKGAACCUACCAGACUACAAUCCASUGCCAAAGKUUUCAGGAAGGAAGUGUGUUGCCAUGGCAAAGGAUAAGAAAUGGUUGGAUAAGCACUGUGAUUUGAAGUACCCAUUCCUAUGUGAGAAACCUGCACCACCUUAG